CCGGCGGCGGCAGGGAUGCAGCGCCCGGGGCCCUUCAGCACGCUCUACGGGCGGGUCCUGGCCCCGCUGCCCGGGCGGGCCGGGUCCGGGGGCGGGGCCUCGUCGGGGGGCGGGGGGAGCUGGCGCGCGGGAGAGCCGCACGUGCCGCCGCCCCAGCGCCAGCCCUCGGGCGGUGGGAGCGGACACAUAGUGGCUUCGGCCGCGGCCCCGGCGCGCGCCCCACCCGCUCCCGCGCCCCCGCUCCUGCUCGCUCCCGCGCCCGCUGCCCGGACCAUGUCCAAGACCGAGGAAGCCAAGCGUCUGGCCGGCCGCGCGGCCGUGGAGAACCACGUGAAGAAUAAUCAAGUGCUGGGAAUUGGCAGCGGUUCCACCAUUGUCCAUGCCGUACAGAGGAUAGCUGAAAGAGUAAAACAAGAAAACCUGAAAGUUGUCUGUAUUCCUACGUCCUUUCAGGCCCGGCAGCUAAUUCUUCAGAACGGCUUACCCCUAAGUGACCUGGACCGCCACCCAGAGCUUGAUCUUGCUAUUGAUGGUGCUGAUGAAGUAGAUGCUGACCUCAAUCUCAUCAAAGGUGGUGGAGGCUGUCUGACUCAGGAGAAGAUUGUUGCUGGCUAUGCCAAACGUUUCAUUGUUAUUGCUGAUUAUAGGAAAGAUUCAAAGAAUCUCGGUGACCACUGGCUGAAGGGAAUUCCCAUUGAAGUCAUCCCAAUGGCAUAUGUCCCCGUGACCAGGGCCCUGUCCCGGAUGUUCGGCGGAGUGGCAGAGCUGCGGAUGGCCGAGCGCAAGGCAGGCCCUGUGGUGACGGAUAAUGGAAACUUUCUGUUGGACUGGAAGUUUGACCGGGUGCAUAAAUGGAGUGAAGUGAACACAGCCAUAAAAAUGAUCCCAGGAGUCGUGGAUACGGGUCUCUUUAUUAACAUGGCUGAAAGAGUCUACUUUGGCAUGGAAGAUGGCUCCGUCACCGUGAGGGAGAGGCCGCCGCACUGACCGAGGCCUCGCCGGUCGCCGAGGCAGAGAAGCCCAAGAGCCUUUGCCUUAACGUACUUGCCCCAGGACGGCCGGUCAGAGCUUGGGGGUCUCCUCAAGUGUUACUGAAUGCCCCUGUUUUGUUUUGUUUUUUAAUGAAAUAGAGAAGCAUAUAUUUUUUCUAUCUAAAAAUACUCACUUUUUUAAAGAAAAAAAAACUUGAUUUCAUGUUUUAUAUGAAAUACUACCAAAAAAAAAAAAAAAGACAGUUUUUGAAUCCUUGACUUGAGGCUGCUGGCUUCUUACUAAGUUUCUGAGUGUUUGGUUUGUUGGGGAAUCCCAGAAUGCACUGUGCCAGCCCGGCCUGUAAAGGGCCGAGCCAGCAGCCCCCUGAUGCCUUACUGGAACCGUUGAUGAUCUUUAUGCCUUCAUUCUUGGUUUGUUUUUGAGUUUACAUUUUAAUAGCUCAUUAUGUGUAGUCACACUUUUAGAUCAAGCGUAUGUGGAGCCGAGCGAUGCCCUGGACAGUGACCUUCAUGGACGACUUGUAUUGACCUCAGUACCAUCACCCCUUGGCCAAAGGCAGGCUGCUCCUUGUCUGGAAGGACUUUCCCGGUACAACCCCUCUCUCCUCGGGCGGAUUUUUUUCUGUUGCCGACCUUUUUUGGACUUUUUGUCUGCCUUGCUCACCCUAAAGUUCGUCGCUUGCACAGUUGGGCAUCAGAUGUCUCCUCUUUACAUUCUGUGUGUGUUGAAAUAAAACAGCUCAGUGCCACUUCA